AUGUCGGACCUUAAGGCCAUCCGGCAGGAACCCCCCGAGGGGUGCAGCGCGAGUCCGCAGAGCGAUGAGAACCUCUUUGUGUGGAGCGCCACCAUCUUCGGCCCGGAUGAGUCACCCUGGGAAGGCGGCAUUUUCUCCUUGCGCCUGAUAUUCAGCGAGCAAUACCCAGAGAAGCCGCCGCGUGUGCGCUUCACAUCCGAGGUCUUCCACCCCAACGUGUACAACGACGGCACGCUCUGCAUGGACAUCAUUCAGGACGCGUGGUCGCCGUGCCACAACAUCUGCACCAUCCUCACCUCCAUCCAGUCACUUUUGACUGACCCCAACCCUUCUAGUCCAGCCAAUCCCGAAGCAGCACAACUUUUCUCCUCCGACCUUCAGGCUUACAACAGGAGAGUGCGACAAUGCCUCCACCUGCCGUUCCUCCACCUGCCGUACCUCCACCUGCGGUUCCUCCACUUGCCGUUCCUCCACCUGCCGUCCCUCCACCUGCCGUUCCUCCACCUUCCGUUCCUCCCCCUGCCGUUCCUCCCCCUGACGUUUCCCCCCCUGCCGUUCCUCCCCCUGCCGUUUCCCCCCCUGCCGUUCCUCCCCCUGCCGUUCCUCCCCCUGACGUUUCCCCCCUGCCGUUCCUCCCCCUGCCGUUCCUCCCCCUGCAACUGCCGCAAGUGCUGCCACUUGCUGUGUCGCCACACACCCUCCCGGGCCCACUGA